AUGAUGAGGAAGCCAGGCCAGGCCGUCACAUCACCGGCAUGGCCUGACUUGGCUUCCUCCAUCCCCACCACCGCCACCGCCACUAUCUCCACCAAGCCCAACACACCCAGGGUCCUCUCCUCUCCUGACUCAGAAGGGGCGACCCUUGUUGGCCGCGCCCCGGCCCCGUCACGAACGGCUCUGCCCACCGACCCACGCGGGCCGGCUAUCCUGGACCACUCGAAGAUCCGCUGCGCUACGGUGUACCGCCCCAGUCAAACUCCCCACCUGCCACUGUCCCCGGAGCGGGUCACGCCCGGCGGGGCCGGGCGCUUAACACCAGAAGCGAGAGCCCGCUCGGAGCUCGCCUCCCCGCCUCACCGGCGCCAGACUAGAGUCAAGCUCAACAGGGUCUUCUUUCCCCGCUGA